AUGUCGGGAAAGGAGGUUUACGAACUUUCCAUUCGACCAAUCACUUGUUUUGCCUUCAAUAAGGACUGCAGUCGUAAGUUUUGUCUUCGGACAUUUUUACUUCCGUUUAUACGUUCAGUUCAUGACGAGGAAACGUGAAACUGAUCAGGGGUAAUAUUGGCUCGUCGAUAUAUAUAAUGUAGUACUUAAACUUUAACAGGAACUCAAAUUUUGAUUAUUAUUAUGUUGUGUAUAGUUUGUAAUAUACUUCUUUGGUCUGACAGAAAUUGCCUUCUCUCCAAACGACAACACUGUUCAUAUUCACAAGAAGGCCGGCAACAAAUGGGACAAAGGUUCUGUCUUGACUGAGGUGAGGGCGGUAGUAGAGUAAGCCAGGCAAUUAGUUAAAAUUUUUAUCUAAAAGCAGUAAUAUGGGGACCUCCCAUUUUUUAUCUUCACCCCAACCCCUCCAGUGUGGCAAAUUGAAGGAAAUUGGGCCUUAGGCCCGGUUCAGACGCCGAACUUUCCAGGAGCCGAACCUGAUUCGAAUUAAGGUCGAUCCAAAAUAUUUAGACCAGCUGAACUGAUUCAGACGCCGAUCUUAAUUGCAGUUGACCUAAGCUCAAAUGGCGAAAAAUACUCAUUUUGGUCAAACUGCUUACAAAAUACGUUAUAAUAAUUUAUAUGCAUUAGGUUCGGUACAGGAAAAGUUCUGCAUCUGAAUCAAAGCUGUUCCAAAGGCGGUCCAAAGGCAAAAUUUCUGGCCGGGCUAGGUAAAAAGAAAGCCGUUCCAAAUUGAAACAGGCUUCCUAAUAAAUAUUAUUGAUUCAGAUGCCCAACUUUGCAUGUACCUAAUCCAGUGUAUUAGGUUUGGCUCAUAAAAAGUUCAGUGUCUGAACCGGGCCUUAAGAUUCUUUCUCCAAAGAAGCUGACAAAUUUUAAGCAUGUUGUGGCUGCUGGUAAGGUAUGGAAUUUGUCAUAACCUUUCCGUCGCAUGUAACCAUUAUAAAGUUACCAACCAAACCUGGGGGCUGGAGAGGGAAAGGGUGGCUGGACGAAUAUUAUUUUGUGCCUUUGUAAAUAACAUUCUGAGUAGAAAAAAAGGUCAAUCUGUUCCACUUGUGCAGCUCUACAUGCAACCAGUACAUGUAAAACCAUUUUGUUUGUUUGUUUGUUUUUAUAACCUUCGCAAUAAGAAUAUUAAUAUUUCACAUGCGUAAUACAUUGUUCAGCACCCUUUGUAAUAAGAAUACUAAUAUUUUACAUGCAUUAUACAUUGUUCAGCAUGGUCAGCGUGUCACUGGAAUGGCUUGGGGCCCAAACAGCAAUAGGCUUGUGACUUGUGGAGCAGUAAGUACACAAUGAAGACAGUUCUUUAUUGUCAAUGUGAAGUGUACCCCCCAAGAUUCUAUUAAUGAAUUGAUUAUUUGAAAAAUGAAUCUGUUAAUUGUUCCCAUAACUUCCUCCAUGCUUAAUGAGCAAUGAAUAUUUAACGAGAACUUCUCUGUGUUUGGUCAGAUUGAAAAUCUUUAAAUGGAUAAACUUGCUUCAAAUACAUUUACGUCAAUUCAGGGAAACUGAGCUGGUACAAAUUGCAUCACUGCCUUGCAUGUGAAUUCACAGCUCACGCAUGCAAGAAUGCAGCGUCUAGAUGAAUCUGAAAUCUACAAACACCGACAGAUUCAACUUUCGAGUAAUGGAUUAUUAAUGGGAUCUUGGGGGCUACACUUCACCUGGCUUGAUUGUAAGAGGUUAGUACUCUUUUCAGUGCUAAUCUGGGCAAUACAAUAUUGUAAUGUCAGCUGUUAUUUUUGAAAGUGGCAGGGAUGUAGCUAAGAGGAAGUUACUGUUGAAUUUCAUUGGCUGAAAGUAAGUGCACCACUGGCUCUUAUUGCUGGCUAGACUACUAAAAUACUUAGCUUUUCCUUGGCUACUUCCCUGGAGGUGUUCUGUAAAGUUUUGUUGUUAUUCAUUAUUAUUAUUAUUAUUUAUUUAUUUAUUUUUAGCUUCAAUAAUGUUGAAAGGAAGAUAUAAGGAAGUGGUGACUGUUGUGUGAACCUAAUAAGGCUCUUGGCAUGUUGCCCUUAAUAGUGUUCAUUUAUUUGCUUAAUUUUUUCAAAGGACAGAAAUGCUUAUGUUUGGAACUUUCAAGAUGGCCACUGGAAGCCAAUGCUUGUUAUUUUGCGUAUCAAUCGUGCUGCAACCUGUGUUUCUUGGUCACCAAAAGGUGAGAAAAACAUGGGAACAUCAUUCUGAUUAAUCUAGCACAGCAAUACCCAUAAACUUGAAAUCAUACCUUACACUCACCGCUAACUUGAAAAAAAUCUGAUUUCCACAAAAGCUGUGGUUUGAUGUUCCUUUACAUGUUGUUGUAAUAAUUUGGGCAAAAAUUUACUAACAAACUGUAACACUAUUGGGUCAAUUAACAUGCCAGUUAAUAGCUCAUAAGAAUAUUGUUUUGUCAUUGUCAGGAUAUAUAUUGAACUUUAGCGCAAACCGUUUUGUGAAAGUGAAACUGUCGCCAGCUCUUGCUUUCAACAAGAGUUCAAAUUCAUGAGGUUUCUCUCCAAUCAAUUCCUACAAAAUGUAGAACUUAUGCAUUCCUUUUCAUUACAUUUUUACUCUUCAGAGGACAAGUUUGCCGUAGGAAGCAGUGCCCGCCUGAUCUCUGUCUGCUACUUUGAAAAGGAAAAUGAUUGGUAAGUGACUGGUUCAAGUGCAAAUUAACUUUCAGUGCUGGUUUUGGUAGAGUUUUAUAAAAAAAUCACUCUCAUUUUGUUUUAGGUGGGUCAGCAAGCAUAUCAAGAAGCCAAUUCGCUCAACUGUGCUGUGGUAAAUUUCUCUUAAAUAUUCUCAGUAUUUUCUGUGUAUAUGCAGUCAAGUUUUAAUCAUUAAAAGUUAUUUGCCUGGCUGAUGACUUUGGUUCACGUAUGCUGUGCUCUAAGAAAAAUUGAAUAAAGCCCAGUGCACUGAAGUAGUUCAAUCCAAGGAACACAAUGUAUAUGAUUUUUAUAAGCCUGUGAGUAAGCUCUCCAAUUAUUGCAAGUGAAGUGAGCUGCAAGAGAGCAAAGCAAGCCGUGAGAGAACACAUGAGCGAGUGGUGAAGCUGCAAGGGGUGGAGGAAAAGGAGAGCUUGCAACGAUCUCUCAUAAAUUUUCAUUUCUGCUUCACCCAGACAAAGUGAAGCACCAUUGGCAGAAAAGUGACACACUGUCGAUGAAUUUUGAUUGAUAACAUUCCUUGCCAUAAACUUAGCAACACGAUGCUUUGGAAAUCAAGAUAACAUACUCCUUUUUCAGAGGAAAAUUAUUGGGCGAUGAAGUAAGGGCGCUCUCUCUUUUUGUCUGAACACUGUGGACUGUGUGUUUUUUUAUUUUAUGGGUCAUUUAGGAUCUCAAGCCCAUAUAAACCAGCGAAUCAGAAGGCUGAGGAGUUGCAAGGGAAAUAUAUUACAAUACUAUUUUAAAUCUGACCGCGUUUCUUGUGUCUGUGAGUUUCCCCACAACGAAAACAGUUGAUGUCAUUUUCAAGUGGAUACCUUGAAGAUCAGUCUGCUCAUGGAAUGAAAAAAAAUAUAUUUCAGUAAAACAUAAAUGUUUGUGAAACAGGGAAAAGUAACGAAUGAGAUUUCUCGGAUGAAGUUGGAGUAUAAAUAGAAUACAGCAUCCAUGAAGUGACACAACUCCACUGAAUUCAAGGGCUAUUGUAGAUCUGACUGAGUUGAUAGGCUAUGAUCCAGACUAGAAGGUCCAGACCAAUUAUCAUCUUGUAGUGGUGUUUUCUUAGUACAAAAUUGUAAUAUUUUGCUCUUUUUGGAGCGCUAGUGUAACUGGCGCAUUUGGCCUGAUGAGGGUAACAGAAUAGUAGCUAACACAUUAAUUCAGUUAACAGUUAAUUAUGUGCAGUUUACUGCGGUUUCUGGGGUGGAAAUAAAAAUUCACAAGAGAUAGUUGCAAGCUACUUUUUCAUUCCCUGCCUCUUGCACUUGUGUCAUCAUGUGCUGCUCUUGUGUGACUUCUUGUUAUUCCUCUAAAUGGAGAGCUUGCUGGCAGGCUAGAUUUAAAAAAAGAAAAAAAAAUCAGUGAGCAGUAAGCUAAAUGGACCUGGACCUGCGGUUGAGUGAAUCUUCAUGUGGAAUGUAAUGGCUAAAACCUGACGUUCAGCCCAUGCAAACGCUGCCACACAUGAGCAGUUAAUUGUCUUGCAUCAGGUUUUAUGCAACUGGUCCUCAUAUGAGGGUCUCUGGGUGUCGCUAGAACACAGCCCUGUUCACAGUGGAAAGUUUGUCUAACAUUGGUUUAAUCAUAUUUCCUGCAGCCUUGACUGGCAUCCUAACAACUUGCUACUGGCGGCUGGUUCUUCUGAUUUCAAGACCAGGUAGUAUUAGUUUAUUUGUAUUUUGAUCUGUGGCUGAAAUAAAGAGACUUCAACUCCAUUAAAUAGAUAUUAUAUAAACUUAAAUGUCCUCCUCCGGGGAUGAUACAUUUCAGUACCUAUUAAGCUGGGUUUGCAAAUGUUUCUUGAUUGGUAAAGUCAAUAUGACUUCUGGUUCACAAAUUUGGUUCACGCUAUCAUGAUGGAACAUGAAGUAGCCACAGUCUCAUUUGAGAGUCCGCUGAUUUCAAAAGGCUCCAAUCCACGAUGAUCAUCAUGCGAGUAAUUUCUUGUAAUUUAGCCUCUACUUGUACACACGUGCACUUCACUUUAGGUGGGUUAAAAUUAAUCAGGUUUACAAUGUUUGGAGUUACAUGUAGAUUGUAUUUGUUUUGAAAAAGGAAAGGAAAAGCUAUUUUGCAACCAAACAUUUCUGGAGUCAAAGUGACCCCCUCCAUAACCUCAGUGGAGUAAUUGUAGUUAAUUUUUUGUCUCAGGUAAUUUUUAUUUUUCAUUUGUUCCAGCCUCAUUAGCAUAGAUUACCAUACCCAAAAACAAAAGAAAAGCAAAAAAUUAAUUACCUGAGAUAAAAAAUUAACUACAAUAGUUGGUGUAAAAUACACCAAAUUUGGCGAAUUUGCAAAACCAUGUGUUAAGAAGGCUAAAGAAUUAUGCUGUAAUAAUAAUGUACAGUGUACUCAUACUGGUAUUAUUACUUGCACUGGUAUAUUAAAUUCACUUUCAAAAUUGCAGUACAUGACCCCCUGCAUCUAUCAGUUCAUGAAUAAAAUUUGGUGUUUUUUUUAAGGGACUUUUAAUUUGUAAGAAAGUCUUAGGCUUAAGCUUUACGUAGUUGGUGAGUUGGACAAACAAAUUUACUGAACUCUUUUUCUAGAUGACAGUGGACCAAAAGUUGUUGUCUAAAGGAAUUCACUAGUUUUCCCUCUGAUUGCAUCGUCCACAGAUAUGCGUCUGUAUGCAUGUUUUGCUGUACAGCUAUAUUAUGUUCACUAUUCUAUUAUUUUAUCAUUAAUUUUCUUUACCCCCACAGAGUGUUCUCUGCAUUCAUCAAGGAAGUUGACGGAAAGACCAACACAGAUACUAUCUGGGGCAAGAAGUCUAGCUUUGGUUCUUGUUUGUCUGAGUUUUCCAAUGGCAGAGGUAUUUUAGAUAAAUAAAUCAAACCACNCUUGUAAUUUAGCCUCUACUUGUACACACGUGCACUUCACUUUAGGUGGGUUAAAAUUAAUCAGGUUUACAAUGUUUGGAGUUACAUGUAGAUUGUAUUUGUUUUGAAAAAGGAAAGGAAAAGCUAUUUUGUAACCAAACAUUUCUGGAGUCGAAGUGACCCCCUCCAUAACCUCAGUGGAGUUAUUGUAGUUAAUUUUUUGUCUCAGGUAAUUUUUAUUUUUCAUUUGUUCUAGCCUCAUUAGCAUAGAUUACCAUACCCAAAAACAAAAGAAAAGCAAAAAAUUAAUUACCUGCAGGGUUGUCAUUAAGAGCCGGGGGCGGGGGAUUUUCCCCUGGUACUAAGAUAGUGGCCCCCGGCUACUUUUAUUGGAAAAUAGAACAAAAAUAGAACCAAAAGAAAUCCCUAGCCGUUUGAUUUCCCACCUACUUGUUGUAUUUACCCGGCAACUUGAAAUCUUAGUGAAAACCCUGUACCUGAGAUAAAAAAUUAACUACAACAGUUGGUGUAAAAUACACCAAAUUUGGCGAAUUUGCAAAACCAUGUGUUAAGAAGGCUAAAGAAUUAUGCUGUAAUAAUAAUGUACAGUGUACUCAUACUGGUAUUAUUACUUGUACUGGUAUAUUAAAUUCACUUUCAAAAUUGCAGUACAUGACCCCCCUGCCUCUAUCAGUUCAUGAAUAAAAUUUGGUGUUUUUGUUUUAAGGGACUUUUAUUGUAAGAAAGUCUUAGGCUUAAGCUUUACGUAGUUGGCGAGUCGGACAAACAAAUUUACUGAACUCUUUUUCUAGACGACAGUGGACCAAAAGUUGUUGUCUAAAGGAAUUCAUGAGUUUUCCCCCCUGAUUACAUCGUCCACAGAUAUGCGUCUGUAUGCAUGUUUUGCUGUACAGCUAUAUUAUGUUCACCAUUCUAUUAUUUUAUCAUUAUGUUAAUUUUCUUUACCCCCACAGAGUGUUCUCUGCAUUCAUCAAGGAAGUUGACGGAAAGACCAACACAGAUACUAUCUGGGGCAAGAAGUCUAGCUUUGGUUCUUGUUUGUCUGAGUUUUCCAAUGGCAGAGGUAUUUUAGAUAAAUAAAUCAAACCACAGCCAUUAUUAUUAUAGUCUUUGGAGGCUUUAAAGAAGGAGUAAUAUGACAAGACACAGGAAUAAUGAUUAUGUUUUUAAGUAACUGUCUUUUAUCAAGUAGUAGGUAGGCUCAUACAAGAAUAUUGAUUGCUUAGUUCAAGUUAUUGUAGCUAAAAGUAAAAGAACGUGCACCACUGUAGUUAGCUAGCUGUAGUUCCCAAAAGUUCUUAUGCCAAUAUUUUCCCAGGUUUUCCAUUUUUUUUUUGUCCACUGUUAGAUUUCUUGUGGAUUUUGUGAUUGGAUGGGAUUUUAGACUGAAUGUGCAAAAUUACACCAUCACUUACAGUCAAACCAGGUCAAGCGUACCCCCCAAGAAUGCAUUAAUGAAUUUAUUAUUCAAAAGUUGAAUCCGUUGCUAGUUGUAGAUUUCAGAUUGAUCUCUGCAUUCUUGUAUGUGGAAUGAGCCGUGAAUUCACACUCGAGGCAGUUAUGAAAUUUCUACAAGCUCCAUUUUCCUGAAAUUGAUGUAAAUGUCUUCUAACAAGCUUAAUCCAUUCAAAGAUUUCCAAUCUGACCAAAUACAGAGAAGUUAUCGUAAAAUGUUCACUACUCAUUACACAUGCAAAAAUGCCGCUUUGAAUUUGACACCAGUUACGGGAACUACUAACGGAUUCAUUUUUCAAAUAAUCAAUUCACUGAUAGAAUCUUGGGGGGUACGCUUGACUUGGUUUGACUGUAAGAUCAAAAGCCAAGGUUAAGUUUUUUAAAAAAAAAACAAAAUAAGUGGUUUCCAUCAAUCAUUAUUUUGGUUUUGUGACGCUCAAAGUUGUCAACUUUGAAUUUCAGGAGGCUGGGUGCAUGGGGUAAGUUUUUCAGCAUCAGGAAACAAGCUGGCCUGGGUUGGACAUGACUCCAGUAUAAGUGUUGUGAAUGCUGCUAAUGACAACAAAAUGGCUACCAUCAAAGGAGAUUUCUUGCCUUUUAUGGCUUGUGUAUGGGCCAGUGAAAACAGCAUCAUCACUGCUGGUAAUGGUUGAAUUCCUCUUGUAGAGAACACAACAGACACAUUUAGAAACUUUAGUCAUAUUUUGCACAACUUUCUGGCCUGUCUUCAAGGUUCUUUACAAGUACAAGGUGGCCUGUUUGGUGUUUAGCAGUGUAAAAAUAAAAUGACGUAUGUCUCAGCAUUUCAAUCAAUGUAGGGAAUGCCAGACUCUCAAGGCAUCUUUCCCUAUUCUAAAUGUUGAGGGAAUUUUUUAUUCUUUGGUGUUCCCUACUGAUCAAGGGUUUUCAUGAAGAAUUCUACCAGCAGGUUUAAGGUGUAAUGUUACAAGAGAAAUAUUUUGAAAGGGGCUCCUCAUCUGAAUAAAAAAUAUUCAUAGGCUAUCGAACGUUAGGUGAAAAAUUCUGCCCAAUAAGAGAGAAUUCUCCGAUCUCUGAUGCCUAAUUAAUGAAUACCCUGCGACUCUCUGAAACCGUGGAGCAGGCUUAUAGCAUUAACUAGCUGAUCUUAUAAAGUGAAAUACACUUUCGAAAUUUCGCAUGAAUUUCUUGAGAUGUUUGUAGUUUGUAUGGCAUGUACUGUUUACAUUGAAAAUGACUUCAUGGCUUGUUCAUGUCUUGCCAUACUUUUCCCGUAGAACCUUACACUUUUAACUAUUGUUUUGUUUCUUUGUUUAAUUAUUACAUGUCAUAAUUCCAGCCUAAACCCCUCCCCCGAACAGAGGAGAAGGAGAGAGGGAGCGGUGGAGAUGGAGCCUUGUCACUGAGUGUCUUAUUUUUUAUUGCUUCAGGCUACGAUUAUGUCCCAGUAUUGUUCAGUCAUGAUGAUAGUGAUAGUUUGACCAUGGGACAGAAGCUUGAUGUGCCUAAAAAGAAGGAAUCCACAGGAACAGUCAGUGCCAUGGCCAAGUUCCGUACUCUGGAUAAACAGGCACAGAGUGCUGAUGAUAGUGCUGCUGAUGCAGGUGUUAAGACCACUCACCAGAAUGCCAUCACGUGAGUACAUUUUUUCGCUGUUUUAGUGGCCAUGAUUAUCCUUCUUCCUCGUCUUCACAGCGUGCAAACAAAGUUGGGUCUUAGCAUGGGGCCGGUGGAGUUUUGUGAUUUGGCUUUUGAAUUCUGUUUAGGGCAAGUUAAGUUUUUUGUGGAGGGGAAUUUAAAUAAAUUACCUGAUUGAAGUACAUCCUGUAGGACGAAAAAUUUUUUAAUUCCUUAGAAAUCCGAAAGCUGUUUUUAUGCUGAUCUGACAAAAUGAAAAUUAAUUAUUACAACGUAUUAUUACCGUGCAUUAAUAAUCAGGUAAUUAAAUAACUAAAAUGGUACUAUUGAUUAAUAAAUAAUAAUAAAUCAAUUAUCAAUCCUGCUUUACAAAAAGAAAAUAGGCUUGUACAUGCUAGCUACAGCUUACCCCAGUGACAAGCUGUAGAACUGACUUGCUUUCCACCCUGCUUCUUAUAUUGAUGAAACUGUUGGUAAUGUAGACCUUGUCUUGAACAGUUGCCAGUCGUCUGUCGUAGUCAUAGCCUGAAAAAAACGAUCCAUGCGACGUGUUGUGAUGCCACUACUAGUUUCCCUGCGAAGUGAUGUCUGAGGAUCGAGCGCAGAAAUUCCAAAUUUCCCGUAACUUCCCAGAUCUCGGUAGUGCUUCUGAUUGGUUGAAGCAAAUUUCCCACACGGUGCGACCAAUCAGAAGCACUACGUAGAUCUGGGUUGUGAUGCAUCAUCAGCAUGGAAUUUAUGCGCUCAUUUCUCAAGCGUCAUGCGGGGAAACCAGUGAUGGCAUCCCUUUUAAAAUUGAUUUUUAUUCUGCCUCGAAGGAGCCGUGUCAUUCAUUUACCUUAUUUUUUGUGCAGGAAAACGGUCUUUUUGCUUUCUUUUUAACAUAGCAAACAAGACAAGACUCAGUUAUGCAAAACUAGAUAAUAUUAAUAGUUGUAUUGUGUGAGGAUUUCAGAUUUCCCAUCACGCAGUUGUUACAUUUGCGUAUUAAAAUGUAAAUUUGAUGUCUUCUUUUCUUCUCGUAGUCAAGUGCAGAUCUCUGCUGGAUCUAAAUCAGCUGCUACAAAGUUUACGACUUCAGGUGUUGAUGGCCGCAUUGUAGUCUGGGAUGUUAAGGUAUAAAAUGCUGUUAAAGGAUCAUGUAUAUUGCUAUUUUUAACUUAACUAUUUCACGGCUUGUUUCUAGGUCUUCAUGAUCAUCGAAUAGCGAAUAAUCGAAUUAAAUGACCUAUACUGGCAGUCCUUCCGAAUUGUGAUUAUUUUGUUACUACCGAAACAGGUAGAAUUCAAGAGCUUUCUGACAGACGACUUAUAACAUUGCACCUUAAUUGACCAAUCAGGUCAAUAACCAGAGUUUAAUACCAUCAAGUAACGUGAUACAACUUACUUUGUCUCUGAAGAUGACUCCCGCACAGGUUGUCGAAACGUCACCGUCAUUGUCAACAUUAUUCCUAUUCAGGACUACGUUCACCUGGACGAUCAUACUCAACCUACUCGACGUAUAUAUUUUAUUUCUUUUUAAUGCGAACAACACAUUGUUCAUUGUUUGUUGCAGUCCCUGGAAUCUUCCAUCGCUGGCCUGAAGAUUUCUUAAGCAAUUGAAGAGUUGUCCUUCAAGAAUCCUCCUUACCUCCUUGUCAGGUGGUCUCAGAGAAAAUUCAUUUCAGAAUUUUAAUUUUGUCAUUAGUAUAAAAGGUUGUUUUGCAGUGUAUUGGCAAGUGGCAAGUUGAAUAAACCUUGUUUUCUUA